AAAUUCGUUAAAUUCCUGUCGUAAGAAGUGAUUUUGUAUUUUGUCUCAAAGAUAUUGACCCGUGCACAAAUGUUACUUGCGAUUACCAUGCCAUCUGCAAAGCUUUCUCUGCAUUUGAUGCCCGAUGUGUUUGUGAUGACAACUGUCCGUCAUAUGAGGAGCCGGUGUGUUCAUCCAACUCAACAACAUUCAAGAACAAGUGCUUUUGUCUGCUGGACAUUUGCCAACGCAAAAGCAACCACACCCUUUAUCAUCCUGGCAGCUGUACAGGUAGAAUUCUUAAGCUUUUUUUACAUUACUUCUUUUUUGCCUACUGCAAAGCAUGAGACGAUCCACUAGGCCUGGGUCAGGAUGAAAUAUUGCUUUUGUUUCCGCCUUCUCAGCGCAUGUCCCUCUUACUCCCUGCACACACAUGCUCCCCAUCACCAUAGAUGAAUUGACAGAGAAAUUCAUAACGGCCUUUUCUUUUAUCAUUAGCUCUUGAUGUCAAUUUGGCUUACUUUGUUAAUUUGGUAAUCUAAUUUGCUGGAUGCGAGCUACCUGGAUGUAUCACUUUAAAGGGCAUUUCAUCCUGGCAUUUAAGCAAAAACUCUUUCUUGUUCCUCCAUCCUCAUUUGUUUUGACUCUUUGCAUUUGUAUACUUCUUUAGGCUUUCCAGUUCAGACCGGGCGGGUUUCACUCAUAAGACGGGUAAAAUCGGCUGAGACGGCCUGUAAAGUGGUGAAAUUUCCACCAUUCUCCUUCUAUCCAGACAAAGAAGUACACGUGCAAAUCACAACCAAUCACUGGAACAUCAGCAGGAGAAAUUUUAUACACGAUGCCACAGUUUCAUGGGUGCACACCGUUAACUACGAAAAUUUUGAGGUGAAUAUUAAAAAUAAUGGUUUAGUUUAUCAUAAAGGCCAGCGGUCUACCAAGUGGUAAUAGUUUGUAAUUCGGUAGGAUUUAAAGAUUUCCAUUCUCGGCGUGUAUGUUUUUAUUUCCCUUAACCUUUUUAUUGACGAUUUGUAAAAAAUUCAUUUACUGUUCCUUAAUUGCUGACGUAAUCACUGUUUAACUACUGUUUUUUAAUUCCUGUUCAUAACUUGUACUACUUUUAUCAUUUUAAUUGUGCUCAUCCUGCAUGUCUUGCUUAUUCUGAAAAAUUAACGUUAUAUAACAUUUAUAGCCUGUUCCAGGCGUUCAGAUAGUGGGGAGCGGUGCGAAGUAAAAAGGAGCGCGAAAAAAAAGAAAGCGAGGGAGGGGGAGAGGCACCUCUCUCCCCAGUCCCCCUCUACUUUUUAUCGCUUUCUUUACUUCGCACCGCUCUCCACUAUCUGAACGCUUGGAACAGGCUAUAACAUUUAAAACUUGGCAUCAGAUUGUUUCCCCUUGUAUGUAUUUAUGUGUGAUUAAUCCAUCAAAAACUGCUCGAAAUAUUGGUGUGCUAUUUGACUCGUCACUGUCUAUGGAAGAACAUAUUAAGGCAUCCUGUAAAUCUGCUGUCUUCCAUUUAAGAAUCAUAGCUCGAAUACGAAAGCACUUGCUAGCGCAAGCAGCAGAGACCUUGAUCCAUUCCCUUGUGACCUCAAAAGUGGAUUUCUGCAAUUCACUUCUUUGUGCUGUUCCUAAUCAACCGAUACAAAAACUCCAAAGAGUUCAGUACUCAGCGGCCAGGCUAUUAACUUAUACCAACAAGCGGGAACACAUUAAACCUGUGAUAAAACAGUUUCACUGGCUACCUGUUGAGUUCAGUGUCCCAUAUAAAAUCCUACUCAGGACUUUUGUAAUGUUUAAAUGACACUGCUCUUGCUUAUCUUAAAGAUUUAAUUCACCUGUAUACGCCAAACCGCAGUCUGAGAUGAACUCAAAAAACUACUUAGCUCACGAGCAAUACCACCUGAAAAGUUAUGGUCCGGUUAGAGCCUUCACAAUUGCAGCACACAUUCUCUGGAAUGCACUCUCAGAUAGGCUCAGAGACCAUUCAAAUUUUCUAUAUCUUCUUAUAAGAAAUAACUUAAAACACAUUUUUUUAAAAUAGCUUUUUAACAUGUGAAUUUUCUACUGCUGAUUUAAUUAUUCAUUUUUUUUAAAAAAUAAGUCCUUAUUUUAUUGUGAAGUGCUAAUUAACUUUACGGAAUUAGCGCUAUAUAAGUGUUACUUGGAUACAGAUAAAAACUCAAUCAACCAAAUAACUGUUGAAUUUUAUCUUUAGGUCUGCGUGACAGCAGCCGGAAGAAACGACCGCUCUAUCCAAGAGUUUGCCACCGUGGACUGGAUGGCUUACCAAGGAGCACCUGAUGGUGGUGUGGCAGGAAAAUCACGCAUUUCACAGUGGUGGACUGGAUCACAGUGUAAAGAAGUUAACCUUCCUCAUGUAAUUGUCUAUUUUGUGUCUAUUUUUCAGUGCAGUUGGAGAUUUUUUUUUUUUUGGGGGGGGGGGGGGCACGAAAACGGCUCGAGGAGAGAUCCCCCCCCCCUGUGGUUAAUACCAAGAACGCCCAACCAUGUUUCGACAGUUUCUUUUGUCGCGUUUGGCAAUCAAGUCCUUUUUUCAGUUUCUCUACUGUUGUGUUGGGUGCUGCUGGAAAUACACAGUUUUUUAGAGUGGGGGUUGCAUAAUCUAUUUAAAUAUAUUCUUCCUUUUUAUAUUUUUUUAUUUUUUGUUUAUUUUUUAUGGUAUGGGGGGGAUUUUUUUUUUUGGGGGGGGGGGGGGGACCUAAACGUGGCGAGAGGAUAUGCCACCCUCUCAUUAGUAAUAUCCAUGAUUACGAAUCUUACAGUGUCAAAGUUUCGAUGCUGCAGUAGGAAAUUGCAUCAUUUUUUCAAUUGCCGCCAUACUGGAUUGUUAUUGUAUUUGGAAGGUGACCAACUGUGACGCAAUCACGUUAUUCAGAUAUUUUGCAUUUUAAAAACCACAAAUUUUGUUUUGCAUAAGCAUGACUAAUUCAACAAAAAUCCGAGAUAUCUAAACAAUGUGAACCACGGUCAGGUUGGACUCCAUUGCACAAAGUAUGUUUUACGAUUGAGGAACGUGGAGGUAGGGGGAGGGAGUCAGUUGAUAUUAUGGAGGAUGGAGGAAGGAAAAAAUGUAAGAUUUUUAGAUGCUUAAAAAAGUAGAAGUUUGAAGUGAAUAAUUGAUAGUAAAAGACCGAUCCAUCAGGCCCUGCUUCCCAGGAAGCUUAUUCGCAGGCUAAACCCCUCAAAAUUGUGAAAACAAUCAUUCAUUCAUGCACUAAGUUUUGUAUACAUGGCAAAUGUUUGUCUUCUGCCAUGUCGGUUAUAAAGCAUAAACGAACAGAAACUGAAACUAUGAAACAAAACAGACAAAACCGGCCUUAUACAUAUGAAGGUUAAACUCCUGGCGGCCAGAAACUUAACCACCAUUUAAAAAGGCAAUGCAUAAAUCGAAAAAAGUCAUUCACUACGGACAUGCAGAGCUUUUUGUUUUGGAUAUGUUGUUAAGAAAUUAACAACAUUAAUUAGUCUGGAGAUAGGGCUCACCUUUUUUGAUUUGCAGUAACGAUUGCUUUACAGGGAAAGUUUGCUACUGCGCCAACAGUUCUGGUUACGGCAGAACAUAUCAGUGCAGCCUUCAAGCACGAUGCCGCCAGUUUGUGGGUGGAGAACGCAACCAGUUCCUCGUUUUACAUUUGUCUUCGAGAACUACAGAAUUAUGAUGGUCUACAUGAGGAUAUCUUUGUGGUAGUUUGAUUGUUAUCAUUUUUCUGAUGGAUGCACAUUAAGAACCAUAUAGAUAAAAAGCACACGUCAAGAAGUUUUAACGAAACGUUUGUAAAAGAGAAAAUAAUAUGUAUAAAAAAGAAUCUUCACAUUGUAGCAAAUAGUGAUGAUGAACGUAUCUCAAAAGUGGUCGAAAAACAGUGAGUAUGAAUAUCAUAACAUUUCAAGUUUCCAAUUCUAGUUUUAUAAAGCGACGGAUAAACGAUUCUUAAUAGUCCAACGGAAGCACAGACUGCCAUUAAAGAGUACUGAGUAUUUGGAGUCGGAUCAUGUUAGUCAUACCUUGCGUGGUAUUUUUAAUCUGUCAGUAACCAGCUAGCAGUCAAUUUUGAUUAAUUAAUCAAUCACAUAAUUCUUCUAAAUGGCUGUUUUUCGAGAAUAGACCAUUUUAUAGUUGUGAACUCAGUAUCCUAGCCUUUGAGUGAACGGGAGGCUCAGUUUGACCUUGUUUUGAUACAAACCUCCUUUCAUGGAAAUUAUGCUUGAAAAGACUAGUUAGCAUAAGAACGACAUGAUUUACAUAACAAAACAGAAGGGGCUGAAUGAAAAUUAGGGUUGUUUACCAUUUGGGCAACCCAGUCGAUUUACGGUUUGGGUAAAUGGUAAGCAAAACUCAGGACUGGUAAAUUUCGUUCCGGAAUGGCGUUUACCAUUUGUACAAAUCAGUUCCAUUUUCCGAAAAACGGCCGCAAAGGCCUGAAACUGGUAUCAACGAUAGCUUUGAAGAAAUGGGAUACGAAUUUCCUUUUCGAGCAUUCCAACUGGACAAACAAGACUACCUUCCCAGAUGUUCCGUUAUUGCUCCUGGAAAUUUUCCGUUGGAACGACCCAUGGAGUCGUGAUCCAUUUACUUUCCAACUGAAUUUUUCUGGAAACUUUUAAGUAAAUGGUAAACAACUCCUCGUUUCCACGUGUAACUGUAAAAUUGACUAUUAACGAGACGGCAUCUAACGCAAUGACUGGUUUUAAAAUUAAGAACGGUAGGUACUAGGUAUAUGUUAUCAUCAGAUGAUUCCUUUAAAAUCGAAUCACUCUCGACUGCUGAACAUUACUUUUUCAGAACUGGAUGGUCUUUGAAACAGUCCACCGGCCCCUUUUUGCUGAGAGCAAACAAGUGCAAUUUCCAAACAACAACCCUGUUUCUGCGAACAACAAUGGCGCAUUUUGUAAGGUAAGACACAGGUGUAAACGAAAGCUACAAUCUUGGACUAAAUUAAUGGGAAACCUAGACCCCCCUCCCCCUAUAUCAAAGAUGGAAAAAUGACAAGUUUUUGCCCCUCGCGCGGCUUCAUCCUUGAUUGAGGUGUGGGGGUGGGGGGGAGAUGGGGGUCUGUCUAAGAUUGUAGAUCUUUGAUUAUUUAAGCUUGUGUAGAGAAAUGCAAGCUGAUAUUCAACAAGUCCAAAUCGUUUCUUUGUUUCGUUUUGUUGUUGUUGUUGUUGUUGUUUUCCUGGCUGUAUCUGACUGUGAAACGCCUUAAGUGAUCUCGACCAUAAUCCUUUGACAUGUUUUGUGUUCUGAAGGAAUUUUGUCAGAAAUGGAAACCGGGUAAGGGAACGUAUUUGUAUUUGUAUUUUAUUAUUACUCCAUCCUAUAGAAUAAUAAGUACAAGGUGUUUAAGCUACGUGUACAGAAAAAAAAGACAAAAAUUAGAAUGGAGAAAACCACAUUAUAGUAAAACUAAUAAUGACCCUUUAACAAGAUUGACUUUAUAUUAUAGCUUUGUUAUUCAUUAAAACACAAACACGCACGCACACACACAGGCACACAAGUCAAUAAUAGAUAAUAAUUGUUUUUUAAGUGCCUUUUUGAACAAGAUUUUCGAUGAUAUAUUGUGAACAGAAAGGGGGAGAUUGUUCCUUUCUUUGACAUAUUCAAAUAAAAGACACCAACAGGAACUCUUACACGAAAAACUAAAUUAUUUAAACACACAAAAAGACAACAAAUAACACUAAACUACCCAGCUUCAAAAGACGCCGCCAUCAUCGCUGACCGCUGACCAGGAAACGUCUUUAAGUUAAUCUUGUUUCACCUAAUUUCUUCCCAUAAAAAGGGUGUUUUUCCACUUUCUUCACUGUCUUCACGGCAGCGCUCUGCUAGGAAAACCUUGGAUAUAGGUUUUGACACUUACAUCUUACGUAGCAUGAAUUAACAAAAUGGUGUGCUUUGAACUUAAUUUACUAUAAUUAUAUUAAUAGCCUACGCCUUCUACCCCUAGGACGUUCAAUUUGCAAGAAAUUACGACAAAGUACCCAUAGUAGUGAUAGCAGCCAGUCACAGCUCAGAGGGAAACAACUUAAAACCAAUACACAUGUCUGUUACUGCUUGGGUUGAGGUAAAGUAGGAUGGAAAUGUUUUAAGGUGGCUCGACUGGAUUUUUUUUGGGGGGAUACCUCCCAAGUUUGAGCAUUAACUACGUCGCCAUGAGUAAAUAUAUGGGAAAAAGAUUACAACAACUGUAUUAUAUAAGGAUGGAAAUUUCUUAUGAUCUGGGUUUUAUUGCAAUCGGAGUCGCCAUGGCAACGUAACAACGCCAUUACAUUUUUUAUUUAUCUUUGUGUUUCUCUGUACCAAGAGUUUUUUUAAGAAAUCGCUUAAGGGAGUUUGUGCCUGCCAUAAUUGCCUCAAUUAUGGCAAAGUUCGAACAAAUUCUAUGAGAGCGUUUUCGAGAUAUUUUGAAACGAAGUUUUAAACAUCAUAAAAACAGUGAAAUAGCAUGCUAUCCACACAUUAGCUAAUUCUUUAAGAAAAUGAUAAGCUUUGGAAACGCGGCUUCAUCUCAUAGUGGUUGGACUCCAUUGAAAACUGCGUACAAAAAAAAGAGGAGAAUUGCUCCGGGCGACCUCAAGUAAGCUGCUUUAUUACAGUUUUGCACAUAAUUUGGUCCAUGCCUACAAGUUACAAGGUACAAACUCCCUUAAGCGAUUUCUUAAAAAAACUCUUGGUACAGAGAAACACAAAGAUAAAUAAAAACGUAAUGGCCUUGUUACGUUGCCAUGGCGACUCCAAUUGCAAUAAAACCCAGAUCAUAAGAAAUUUUCAUCUUUAUAUAAUACAGUUGUGGUAAUCUUUUUCCCAUAUCUUCACUCAUGGGGACGUAGUUGAUGCUCAAACUUGGGAGGUAUCCCCCUCAAAAAAAUCCAGUCGAGCCACCUUAAGUCAUGUAAUAAAGCAAAAGAAUACUUCAGUUUUUUAUGUCAAGAAGUGAAGAGAUCUAUGUGGUAGUUUAUUAGGUCCUGUUAAAACGUCAUAUUUAACGUGCCGAACCUACCUUAAAUGAGCGGGAACAAUAGAUUUUCCUCAUUGGCCGGCUAAAUUUAACACAUAAGAAAAUGCGACGUUUAAACUGGGCCUAAAACAAUGUACAUGUAGCAAUAUUUGCACAAAGGACCAUUUCGUUGAACUUGAAAGUUUUUAAUAUUGUUAAUUAAGUCUAAAGCAUCUUGCUUUUUUUGCUAUUUUUUCAUACACCUUUCUUAAGUUCUGAAGUCGAAAUAAAUUGACGCCUUUAAUCAAAUUCUAUUUCAAGACAUUCCUACAGUGCCUUACUGAUCAGCUUGAUAAGGCAAAGUUCUCCAGUAUAUUUGACCUUUAUACACGUACUCACAUUAAGUACUCACAUUCUUAUCUUUAUUACUAAAACUGUUUUGUAAGAAACACAGUUAUUUGAUAUGAUUGUAAAGAAUUGAAAAACAAGGUUUGUGACAUCACAUGAUUUCACAAAUUCUCCUUUUCGAAUUUUGAGGCAGCAAUCUUGAGCCCGCCGUUGCCUAGUUAAUGAUUAAGUUAGCAAUUAUUACAACGAUUUCUUUUGCCAAACCAUCUUUAACCAAGUUUUUUUUUAAAUAAAACUAAUAAAACAGACGGCUUAAAGAAGAGAAAUCAUACCAUCGAGAAAGUGUUUGUCAUUGAAAUGUCAAUCAUGAUUACAUGUAACAAUUGAAUGAUAUAUUAAUUGCUUCCACGUAAAUUUCAGAAAAGCGCUGAAAUUUGGCGGGUUGAUUUUUGGGCGGCUCAAAAUUGUAAAUAUGCAAAGUGAGCGCGGACACUUUUGCCCUACCCCAGGCUAAACUCUCGAUUUAUGGUGUUGGAAGGGAAAUUUAGCUUGUUUUAAAAAGGAUAUUAUUUAUUUUACAGCACAUUAAUACCAGCGAAUUCCGCAUUUGUCUCAAAGAGUUGUACGCUGACCAGCAUGAUCCUGUAAAUGUAUCAUACGCUGUACUUGCAGGUGGGUUUGGCGGCAAAAUUUAGCUUGUUUUACAAAGGAUAUUAUUUAUUUUACAGCACAUUAAUACAAGCGAAUUCCGCGUUUGUCUCAAAGAGUUGUACGCUGACCAGCAUGAUCCCGUAAAUGUAUCAUACGCUGUACUUGCAGGUGGGUUUGGCGGCAAACACCCCUCACCUCCCCCACCACCCCUUUUGCUAUUACAAUAGCCAGAGAUAUUUUAAUUGACAACAAAUUAUAUACGUUUUGUUUACAAGCCGGUGUUUUUAUAGGGACAUUAAGCGUUAAAGUUACCAUACACUGUACGUCUGUCUAUUUUUCUUUUCUUUUAGAAGUUCAACUGUGGUGCUAUUUUCCAAGACUGAUGGCUUAUAUAAUUUAUGCUUUAUAAUACAUACCCUUGUUUAUUGUUAUUUGGUUUGUUCCUGCAGAUGUAUGUAAACCCGGUUGGUCUUAUUUUGGUGGCAUAUGCUAUUCAACCAGUCAAAUAUGUAAGAACUGGACUGAAGCCCAGAAAGCAUGCCAAUCAUACAGUGCUAAUCUCAUUAGUGUACGAAACCAAGAAGAGAACGUCUAUAUUCAACACAGGAUGAAUGGCGCUAAGGGCUGGAUUGGACUAAGUGAUAGUGACACAGAGGGAACUUUUGUCUGGGCAGAUAAUCAACUCAAUAACUUCACAUACUGGGCUAAGAACCAACCCAACAACUUCAACAAUGAAGAUUGCGUUCACACUUUGGGAGUCAGACAUAGCUUUAUGUGGAAUGAUGUGAGCUGUGACACCUGCCAUAACUACACCUGUUCAGAAGGUAUCUAGGAGCCUUUGCAAGUUCUCGUAUAAGCCUUUAGUAUACGUUUUAACACCAAAGGAUUACCAGAGCGUCUUGUCCUUGUAGGCUGGUAAAAAGAAUGGUACGUUACAUUACAUGACAUCGUCUUCGCAUGCCAAGCAGGGACAUUUUUGCUUUAUUUUUACUUUACUAUUUUGAUUUUAUAAGCUGUAGUAACAUUCAAGAUGACCUCUAAUUUGAGUGAAAACAAUCUUUACAUUUCUAGAGUGAUUGAAUGAUGAUUGCCCAAUCUGUCGAACGAUUGGAUGAUCCACUGUUCUAUUUACCGCUGGAUUGAUUAGUUAGUUGGCAGGUACAUAUUUUUUUGUAUGUGGUUUUGUUUCUUUAAAGCAAUCGAUUGAUAACUUUUUAAUUCUUUUAAACUAAGAUCUUGAUGAAUGUGGAGGGAAUAAUCACCAUUGUCAUCAUAAUGCCGUCUGUACAAACACAAUCGGCUCCUAUAAAUGCCAGUGCUCGAUAGGAUAUACCGGUGAUGGCCUAGUGUGUGCAGGUAAUAAUCCAUAAUUUCAUUUCCCUUCCAAAAUAUAAACUAGAAGGGCUUUUUUACCUCAAUACUAGCAGAGCUGGAAUAUCAUAUUGGUGUAAUAUCAAAACAUCAUGAGCCUUCAAAUUAUUUAUUAAAUUUUUAUUUCAGUAUUCAUUAAAAAAAAUCCGAAUUCAAUAACUGUUUUUAUUAAUCAAAACACUACGGAGCUCAUAACAGAUGUUCUUUACAAAGCAGUUGCCAUCCUUCGACUUUUCAUUCUACGAUUUAACGAUUGAUGUCAAUCAUUUAACAAAUAGAUUAGAAAUUGCCGUUCGUCUGUACAGUGAUAGAUCAAAGAUCACUUCAAAAAGUGUUAAAAACAAAGAAGUGGCAAAGUCCCAAACGCUACUUUUAGUCUCUUCUUCUUGCUUUUUUUUUCUUUAUCUUACUUGUAACCAGUUUCUUCGAAAAGUUUUUUUCUCAAAUUGUCAAGAACUCUUUUUGUCUCCGUUUUUCCAUUUUUCUUCUUUGUAAAUAGCUCCUGCUAAACUCGACGCUUUCACUUGGUUAAUCCGAAAUAAUCUCACAAACAUUUUCAAAACCGCCCGCCAUGCUGAACAAAGCAAAGAAAACAAAUUUCCCGUGACGUUAUUCAUGUAUCUGUACUCUAACAGAUCAAGGGCGACGACCAAUCACAGCGCGCGUAGGUUUCACAUCAUUGUAUAAAAAGUGAUAGUAAACAUCUUCCAAAUUUUGACAACCGGCUGGUUGGUGAAGAAGAAUGCGCGGGUGGGUUCAAGCCAACCAGAAAAAGAGAUAUUUUUAAUGAAUAUCAAUUGAAGUCGAAAGAAUAUCACCUUUCUCCCUUAUGAAGUGGUGUUUGUAAGUUAACGUUGGAGUAUGAGUUCUUAUAUUGUGUUCUUGUUAAAAGUUUUUCUUUCCCGGGCUCUUAAGAUGUAGACGAGUGUUCUGCAGGACAUCAGUGUGACAGCAGUGCGACUUGUAGUAAUACAGAUGGGUCUUACACAUGCACCUGUGACAGUGGCUACUCAGGAGAUGGACGAACCUGCUAUGGUAAAUAAACUACUUGAUCAAAUGCACAGGUUUCACAAAAAAAUCUUUCACAAAAGUAGGUACACGAAUUUUGGCCCUUUAUUUUUUUUUUUCGUAUCAGAGCUAUCCAUACUAAAAGUAAUGAUACUAAAAAGCGUUCAACUUUAAUUUCCCCAGCCAGUUUUCUUACGUUAAGCUCCCAAGUUCAGCACAUGCACGAACUCUUGCUCCCCUAUGAUACACCCGAAGCAAAUCGUUUUAAUUCUUAGAAUACUAGAAAAUGCAAUUUAAACGGGAAAAAACAAAUAAAAAAAAGGAAAAAAGCCACAAGAGCUUGUUUGAAAGUUUAUCGAAAAAAGACAUGAAAAUACAUGAAACUAAAAUACCGUGACCAGCUACGAAAGAAGGCAAGUGUUGUUUCUUCAUGAUCGCGAAGCCAAUCGCCGAGUCACUCGCCGAUAGAUAACUGCAGCCUGUUUAUCCGACAUGAAGAAUAUAAAUCACAAGCAACCAGCUACAAAAACGGGCUAUGCAGCCAUUCACUACAGCAAUCUAGGCGUUAGUAUAGCGUCUUCUCUCGUUCAGCAAAAGCAGCUGGUGGCUUCAAACAACUUCAUAACAAGCGACCGAGGUAAAAGUUUUUCUCCAAUGUUCUCACUUUUGUAACUGCACCAAAAAUCCAAAUUCACAGUAAUUCUCACAUUAUCUGCGAAGGUUUUUUAGCUGUCCUGCUGUGUAAAAUCCUAGAAUCCCGAUGAGUUUUUCAAAGUGUUUAUCGCUAUAGUGUUUUGAUUUUUCAUUCAUCCAGUCCGUUCGCGCGUUGACAGUCAGUUUUGAUAGACGUGUGACUUGUGAAUAGCGGAAGUCCUUUGUCUUUUUCCGGUUUGAUCUAACAAAACUAAAGGUGGUGUUACACAGGACGAUUCGCAACGACGAUUUUAAGCGCAACACAGCUUUGCAACAUUGUCGCGAAAUUGUUUCAAAUAGUUGCAACAUCGUUCCAACAUUGCGUUACAUUAAGUCAGGGAGAUUCAUCGAGAUUUUGUGGGCGUUUUUAAUAAAAGAAUUAUUCCACUCGCGCUUGCUGGAUAUGAGAUGAUUAUUGCCUACUCGGCGCGACGCGCCUUGUUGGCUAGCUACCAUCUCAUAUCCAACGCGCUCUCGUGGAAUAAUUGUUAAAUAUGACUUGUAUUCCAUUCGUUUUUAAAUAAGAAAACAGAAUAGUUAUGAUAAAGAAGGGAACUCUCAAUACAGGCUGAUUCAAUGAGCAUACACUGUAAUUGAAAGUAUUACAAGCAUAUGCGUUUUAUCGUCGUAAUAUGACAAUUGGACGAUGACGAUAUUUUACUACAACUACCAGAAUCCUUCAGUUCUGACUCGUUCUGACCUCUUUUCCCCUUUUUUCUUUACUCUUUAUCCUGGAACUAGUUCAUUAAGAAAUUGUAAUUGUCUUUAAUUUCAGACGUGGAUGAAUGCUCACUCAACACUCAUGACUGCGACGCAAAUGCGAUUUGCACUAACACAGUAGGAGCAUUUACUUGCAAGUGCGACGUAAACGCGCAUUACAUUGGCGACGGAAAGACUUGUACUUCCCACCGUAAGCCAACCUAUUUUAAUAAGAUAAUUAAACAAGUAGUUACCAAAGGUGCGGGUGACAACGAUCGAAGGUCUAAACGCUUUUGCCCAAACGCUUUGCUUUGCGUAAGUUUCACGCGAUAGGUAGUCAAGACACGCGUGAUUAAAUUACGAGUGAUAGAGGGUCCAAACGCGCGUGAUCAGACUGUGUUCCAUUCAUAAUCUUAGUGUAAGUCCAAAUGCCGCAGUAAUAGAAACCUGGAGAUUAGGAUUUUCGGGCUCCUCUUGUCGCCCGCAACAAUUUAUCUGUUUAUAGAUCUGCUCUUUUUUAGGUUUUUAUCACGGCUGGCUAGUCCCCUUUUUUAUAGCUGUCAAUGACGCGUCCUUUUUCGCCAUAGUACUUAAUUAAGAAAAUGUUUGUAAAAGACAAAAUCACUGCUUUGAACUUUAAAAACCGGUAAGCUAACAAGUUUUCGAAAACCACAGUUUGAAUCCGUUUCAUUCUUCAGGUUUGUCUAUCCGAGCCCCCUUUGUGUUUUCUGUGUUAUUUAUACCUUUUGAGCGAUUAUUUUUUAUGUUUCACUCAAUUUAAUGGGAGUUCCCAUUGUUUUGUUUGAUUUUUGAUAAUAGUUUUGUCCCUGGUUUCAUAGUAAGUUCCAGUGAGUUGUGGAGAGCUUCGGCAGUCAAUACGCGCGCUUUAGUGGCGUUUGCUGUUUUGUAGAGGUAGCAAAGAUGCGGUGUUUGCCAAUAUACAGUUGUUAGAUCAUUGUCAGGUCUUUCUUUCUCUGUUUUUAGCACUAGUUUGGUCAAAAAACGGCAAAACCUUAAAGCAACUAAAGGACAGAUUUUGGUUUUCUUUUCUUUCAGGUGGCCUCGGUAACUCAGUCAUUUUAUCGAAUGACGUCGGCAAGAUAUCACAAUUGAAUACCUGGCUUCUUCCCCAUUUGCAAAGUUCAGUCAGAAGUUACUGGAAACUGUGUUAUAGAGCCACUAACCACGGUUGGAGCUCGCAGACCUUUCACAGUUAUUGUGAUAACAAGGGACCCACUGUAAUCAUUGUAAGAGUUGGAAGCUACAUUUUUGGGGGUUACAACGACAAUUCGUGGCAAUGUAAGUCUGCUAAACUAAAACGACACUAAGAGGGGUGUUAUUGUUUGAAAUUAUGGCCAUUAAACCCCGAGUGAGUAAGGGGUGAUGAGUAGGGCUGGUGCAAUCUUCCCCAAUACCGUGAGCAAGACACAAUGACGCUCCGAUUGGUUAAAAACCAUGCGUUUAACCUAGAGCGAGUAAGGAAGGGUAGUGCCAUCCUCCUUUCUUCUGCAACAGCUAAAAUCAUUCAUUUUUUCAAAUAAUGGUUUUAUAGAACUUUUUUUUCAGUAAUUGAUUGUUUUUAUGGCCUCAUCUGAUUAGUGGUAAAGAGAAAGUUUUUUUAGUAUAUUGUUGCGCUUGUUUGCGCAACAAAAAGCGGAUAACUAAUUCAAUGAUUAACGCACACCCGGAUGUGUUCUAGGUCUCAUAUAAUUCUCGGGUAAAUUCAAUAAAAACUUUACAAGGGUAAUUAAUUAUAUUAUAUUAAAUUUAAAUUUAAUAUAACAAUGUUGUAAAGCGCAACCGAAUGUAUUCAUAUAGAGGUUUGCGCUCUCUAUAUGUAAAUUAUUAUUAUGGCAGCAAAAACGUCUGGAUGCCCAGAGUAAAAAAUUAAAGCUUUGGCUGGGUGGCAAACCGUAACCAGCCGCAGCAUUGACUAAAAUUUGUAGUAACAAUUACAAAAUAGUCGUCGUCGUCGUCGUCGAAGUGAAGCUUUUGUUUCGAAACUCGAGGGGCCGAUUACUUAACCUUGGACCGUGUCUAAAUACCGACAAAGGAACGAUAGAACGUUAAACCUUCUGACAGGUAUGCUUUUAUGAUCAUUAUUUUGAAAUGACCUGAAAUAGACGGACUACUGCGCAACAGAGAAUUAAGAGAGUUAAGAGAAAAAGAGACUACGCCAAUCGACGUAAAAUUCAUGUUCAACAAAUUACACACCCUACGGACAUAUUUUACCCUUUAGAGGAAUACGAUGAAGAAGAUUUUCAAUUGCGUUUUCGCCUUUUUCAAUAAAGAUCUUUCAACAUUAUACAAGGAGGGGUCUGCUGUUAACUUCGAUGCAGUAAGUUCUAAUUGCUUUCAGAUUUUAUACAACAAGUUUCAAGCAGGUUAUUGGCGAUUUAUUUGGUGUUUCUCUAUUCAUUCUGCUGCAUGCACGGUCAUUCACAAGGUUUCAAGGGCUAUCGCGAAACGAAAAGAACCUUCUUUUUGCAUUCCUUAAGGACAUUAUGCUACCAAGAGAGCGUUUUAUUAGAAAGUGUCAUUGGGAGUUGCAUUUCAGGUUCUCGUUUUUAACGGCGUAGGUUGCUCAUUUAACUGCAAUGAUCAAUUUCCCUUUCUUAUAUUUAUCCACAAAUCAAAAUUUUGAGUCAUUUCAUGUACUUUUACUCUGUUUUAACUGAAUUGCUCAACAAAACUCUACAAAUUAAUUUUAAGCAGAGAACUUCUAUCAUAAUUCAAAAAAACGAAGUGGAUAUAACUCGAUUUCAUACCAUCUAGAGACUGUACUAAAAAUGACACAGCUGUUACGGAAACUUUUAGUAAAUAUGCACCUAAAGUGUCUUGGCACUAAAAGACAUGUUGAUGUUUUGCUUGGAAUUUUAAUGUUGUUUGUCUCUUUUCAGGGUCUUCUGGGUGGCAGUACUCGACCAACACGUUCAUUUACUCGCUGAAAAACUAUUACGGGUAUGGAUACUUUAAAAAUGAUGUAAGCGGCCACUAUUACUGGGCCACAUACAGUCACUAUAACUAUUUUCCAACCUUUGGUGGAGGGCAUGAUAUCUACAUUGCAGACAACGCAGGAUACAAUUAUAACUCUUUCUUUAAUUGUGGCUGCUAUUCGUAUACAAGUCCCCAUUCCUAUUGUUCCUGUAAUAUGUGGACUGGAAGCAGUAGCUUCUGCCCAGAUGAGUUAGAGGUAUUCUAUGAAGUGCUUGCUUAA